AUGGUGGAGGGGAAACCCUAUCGAUACGGGCUGAUAGUGGCCGGACUUUCUGUGCUGGCCAUGGGCCUCUUCAUCAUGAUUCAGGAGCGGCCGCACGUCUACGUUACAAUGAGCGUCCUUGGCGUCGCCAUGGUGUGUGCUGGGACAGUGUGGAGCCUCUGCCAGUGCUAUCCCAAGGUCAUUGUGACGCCUGUGAGUCAGAAGGAAAGCCUGGUGGAUUUAGUUUGCUCUUCACUUGAAACCAGAGAUGAAAGGCAGGCUGAGCUUCGGUCGGAUUCCUGCGGUCAGAGAGAGAGCAGUGGGCCACAUCUGAAGAGCCAGUGUCACAGCUGUCCCACUCUGCAUCUGGUCUGAUGGAGAGAGUCACCGGGAUCCCAGCAAGCUUCCCAGCUGAGGACUGGAGGGAUACCAGUUAGUAAAUGACAGCAUCAGUGCAACAUGAUGCAACUCUAGUGCCGUUAUUGAAAGUAGAAAAUCAUUUGUGAACUGGUGCUGCUGGGAAAGGUGAAUAAAGUUGAACAUGUUUUAUCUAAUAGUCCCAGAAGGUGGUGCUGUUUACUAUGAAAAAUGUAAAAAGAUUUU